AUGGAAGCAGAUAUGCAGAAUACCCCGCAAGGUGCAGUUACAGAGUCUCUCCAUUCAGUAACUAUACCUGUUGUCGACCCGCCAAGUGCAAUACCUACCGAACAAGAGUCGCUUCCAGGCCGGAUGAAGGGUUUAACAAUAUCUACAAACACACUGGAUCGUUCACCGUCGCCGAACACCGAUCAACCCCCUCCCCCACCGGAGAAAGACGACGCAUACCUUAACCAGAAACCUCAACCUGCGCCCACUUCCCAUUCGUCAACAAAGACAUCCUCCGAAUGGACUGAAAAGGAACUACCGGAAGUGCCUGAGCGGGGGAAGAAGGCCGAUAAUGACGGGGCUGGCCGAGAUGAUGUCUCCCAACCGGAGAUUCAAAGCAUCAUGGAACAAUUCCAGGAUCCUACGCAUGGCGAUAGUGAAGAGCUGAUAAUGUCACCUCGACUGGAGUUAGCUGAGCAAUUCUUUGGCGAGGGCGCUCAGGCUUCAGACGUCAAGGUGGGAGCGCCAUCCGCUUCUCCCGAGAAACAACAUGCCUCGAGCUCUACAAGCAUGCACAGGCGAUCACUUGUAGAAGAGCCAGCACUGACUCGGCGCUCGUCCACAUCGACUUUACCUCCCCCACCAGAACCAGAACCUGACCAACCUUUCGAUUUUCAUCGGUUCCUAGAACAACUGCGACAUCGUACUGCUGACCCGGUGGCGAAGUUCCUACGCUCGUUCCUCCAUGAGUUUGGGAAACGACAGUGGAUGGUUCAUGAGCAAGUUAAGAUCAUCAGCGAUUUCUUGGCUUUCAUCACUAAUAAGAUGGCGAUAUGUGAAGUUUGGCGUGACGUCUCGGACGGCGAGUUCGAUAAUGCUAAAGAAGGGAUGGAAAAGCUCGUCAUGAAUAGAUUGUAUUCACAAACAUUUUCCCCGGCUAUUCCUUCCCCGCCAACCAUUCCAAGAAGUACAAGCCGGAGCAAACGAAGAGAAAUGGAGAGACUCCAUGGUCCUUGGAGGCGCGGCCAACACCAGGAAGAUAUUGAGCGGGAUGAGGUGCUAGCCCAGAAGAUCCGUAUCUAUAGUUGGGUAAGAGAGGCGCAUCUUGAUAUACCACCAGUGGGCUCCCAUGGCCGUCGCUUUUUAACUCUCGCCCAACAAGAACUUUCGAAGAUUAACAGCUACCGGGCACCCCGUGAUAAAGUUAUCUGUAUCUUGAACUGCUGCAAAGUCAUCUUCGGUCUACUGAAGAAUUCGAAAUCAUCCGAUACUUCAGCCGACUCAUUCGUACCCCUUCUGAUUUAUGUGGUGCUGCAUGCCAAUCCGGAGCAUUUGGUCUCUAACAUUCAAUAUAUCCUUCGAUUCCGCAAUCAAGACAAACUCGGAGGAGAGGCCGGUUACUACUUGUCCUCACUGUCCGGCGCCAUCCAGUUCAUUGAGACCCUGGACAGAACGAGCUUAACAGUGAGUGACGAAGACUUCGAGCGAAAUGUUGAAGCCGCCGUCUCGGCCAUCGCCCAACAAAAUCGUGAGUCGGAGUCGCUAGAGCCGAAGUCGACCCAGCGGUCACAAUCUACACCAAGGUCUUCGGUGGAUGUUCCACGGGGCCGCAGAGAGGCGACACAAUCCAACGAUGAAGACAACGCUCCAGUAGCUGGACUCCUGCGUACUAUCCAGAAGCCGCUGUCUACCAUCGGAAGAAUUUUCUCUGACGAGCCCGAUUCGCAAGAGGAACGACGCACACCGCCAGCGACGAGCUCACCAGUUAGCCCUUCACCACGGCUCAAUCCAAAUGUAUACCAGCCACCUCGUAACAGCGGUGAGGAGCGACGAUCAGGCGAAAGAUCACGCAAUGUAUCACAGCCACGGCGGGCUAGGACUCAUGAUGCACAGGAUGCUGCUGUUCGACAGGCUAGUGCUGAGGACGCCGAAGCACGGAGGAUACAACGUGUUGAGCACAACAAUAUGGUGGAGACGUUAUCAAACAUGUUCCCAAAUCUAGACCGCGACGUCAUUGAUGAUGUUGUCAAGAUGAAGGAGGGCAGGGUUGGCCUAGCAGUAGAUGCAUGUCUUGCUCUUAGUGCAGAGUAAACUCUGCGGGGCUGUUCGGUAGUAGCAUAAUUACUAGACCGGUCCAUCGUAUGGACUUUGCGCUUUCCGUCUAUGAUGCCUAUGUGGUAGUAGCAAUUCAUGUACUUAUUGCGUGCCUUGAAUAUGGCACCUACUUGUAUUAACUGAUGAUUACAACUGCCAUAGAAAG